CAUGGGGAGAUUGCCGGACCAAAGAGAGAGAAGUGUUACUACAGAGCUGCUGCCGCUGCUGGAGGACGAGCUGGGAGCCGAGGAUAAUGCUCCAUACCUCCGCGUACAGCGGCACGCCGGACACCUUGUAAUUUCUUGUUCUGGUGGCGGUUGUGGAGGAGGAGGAGGAGGGUCUUUAUUGUUGCAGCAGUGAUUGUCUUUUCUUUUUUUUCUUUCCUUUUCACUACAUCCUCCUGCUCACCCCUACUCACUCCUUAUUCCUCUGCAACUGGCAACCGCUGGGCUCCCCCUACCCCUCCUUCCUCUCUUUUCUACUUCUGUCCCCUUUUUUCCAGAGGAGGGAUUUCUGUAAUUCAUCAGGGAUUGUAGAAGACAUGUAUCUCUGGGAAUGAUGGUGUUGCCACUUUUGCCGCCCUGUCUGUCGCCAUGACGAUGCCAUUUAGCCCCCUGUCCAGCGACGAGGAGCAACAAAGGAUGCUGGGAAACAGUCGACAUCUCUAUCCUGGGGCAGAGGACGAGGAAGAGGAGGAGGAAGAGGAGGAAGAGGAAAUGGAAGAAGAUGAACGCGAUGAUGAAGGGGAAGAGGAGGAGAAUGGGGAGCUGGAGGGGGAGGAGGAAGACGACGAGGAGGAGAUGGUGGAGGAGGUCAGGCGCAGAGGCCUCUCACGGGGCGGCAGAGGCGAGGGACACAGGCAGUCAGGUAAAAUGCCCGGACGUCCCACAGGGGACAGGCAGGUGCGACCGGGGAACCCUGGAAACCCCUAUUCGUCUAACCCCGGACCCACACACCAACAGCAGGCCAAUCCGAUACAGCAGCAGCAGCAGCAGCAGAGGAGGCUGAAGGAACACAGCGCCAGCUCGUUGCCAUCUGAGGACGCCCACAUUGCCAUGAUGGUGUUUCGCAUUGGCAUCCCAGACAUAAAGCAAACGAAAUGUUUGCGGUUUAAUCCAGAUGCCACUGUGUGGAAGGCCAAGCAGCAGGUGCUGUGCUCCCUGACCGAGUCUCUGCGAGACGUCCUGAACUAUGGUCUGUUCCAGCCUGCCACGGACGGCCACGACGCCAAGUUCCUGGAGGAAGAGAGGCUGCUAAAAGAGUACCCACAGUCCUUUGAGAAAGGUGUACCAUAUUUGGAGUUUCGUUAUAAAACCAGGGUGUACAAACAAACAAAUCUAGAUGAGAAGCAGCUGGCCAAACUGCACACCAAGGCCAGCCUGAAGAAGUUCAUGGAUUACAUUCAAACCAGCGCUGUGGACAAGAUGGCCAAGUUCUUAGACAAGGGCCUCGAUCCCAACUACCAGGACUCUGACACUGGUGAGACUCCUCUGACCCUGGCAGUGCAGUGUGAGCCAGGUGGAGGAGAGGCCAUCCGGGUCCUGGUGGAUGGAGGAGCUCAUAUUGACUUCCGUGCCAAAGAUGGACUCACACCGCUACACAAGGCUGUUCGAGGCCACCACCAUACAGCCCUGCUGGUUCUGCUCUCUCUGGGGGCGUCCCCAGAUUAUAAGGACCGGCGAGGGCUGACGCCUCUUUACCACACUGUGCUGACAGGGGGCGACACCUCCUGCUGCGAAACACUGCUUUACCAUCACGCCAAACUGGGCAUCAGGGACGAGAACGGCUGGGAUGAAACACAUCAGGCCUGUCAGAAUGGUAACUCCCAGCAUCUGGAGCACCUCCUAUUCUACGGGGCGGAUUCUUCCUCCCAGAAUGCCUCUGGAAACACUGCCUUGCACAUCUGUGCUUUAUACAACAAGGAAAGCUGUGCACGAAUUCUGCUCUACCGGGGAGCCAAUAAAGACACAAAGAAUAACAGCGGGCAAACGCCCUUUCAGGGCUACAAGCAUACAGGAACCCUGCGGAGCUCCAGCAGUCCCAGGGGGGCACGGACACGCUCUCCUUCCCGUGGGAGGAUCGGCGACAAAGAGGACCGGAGCAGGCAGAGUCGGAGACAGGGGCCCGGCCCAGCCACCACCACGGUUCAGACUGCGGGACAGCGAAGACGCCUGUACAGCGCCGUCCCAGGACGCGUUUUUGUAGCCACUCGAUCACAUUCUGCACAGGGGGAGAGAGAAAUCAGCUUCAACAAGGGGGACAGGGUCAAAGUGCUGAGUGUUGGCGAGGGCGGUUACUGGGAGGGGACGGUCAGAGGUCGCACGGGAUGGUUUCCCUCUGACUGUGUGGAGGAAGUGAUGCUUCGAAGCCAAGACAACCGAUCAGAGAGCCGCGGAGAGCGUGCCAAAAGACUGUUCCGCCAUUACACUGUGGGAUCCUACGACAGCUUUGACGCUCCCAGUGACUAUAUAAUCAAAGAGAAGACAGUGCUUCUGCAGAAAAAAGAUAGCGAGGGUUUUGGCUUUGUCCUAAGAGGUGCAAAAGCUCAGACUCCUAUAGAAGAGUUUACUCCCACCCCGGCCUUCCCUGCCCUGCAGUACUUGGAGUCAGUGGAUGAGGGAGGUGUGGCCUGGAGAGCCGGUCUCAGGAUGGGGGAUUUCCUAAUAGAGGUCAACGGUCAGAAUGUGGUGAAAGUUGGUCACCGGCAGGUCGUCAACAUGAUCCGGCAGGGUGGUAACAGCCUCAUGGUCAAGGUUGUAAUGGUAACCCGCAACCCUGACAUGGAGGAGGGUUCAAGGAAGAAAAUCCCCCAGCAGAGUAAAAGGCUGAGCACUCCAGCUAUUGCCCUGCGGUCCAAAUCAAUGACGUCAGAAUUGGAGGAGAUGGUGGAGAGAGCUGCUACCCCUUGGAAAAAAAAAUCAGUUCAGCCAAACUACGGGGAUCAGUCCGGGAUGGGGGUGAUGUCAUCAGGGUUGGGCCUAGGCUACGACCGUGGACAAUACACCUCAGGUCAUGGCCCACCGCACGGUAUGCUGCGGCAAAAAUCCAUCGGGGUGCCUGAGGAGGAGAAGCAGUUCCUCCAUCCUCCAGCCAUGAAGUUUGCCCGGAGUUUGUCGGUGCCUGGCCCAGAUGACAUCCCCCCUCCUCCCACCACAGCCCCACCGGAUCCACCGUUCUCCUCUGCUCCGCCACUCGGUUGGAGAACAAAAACAUCGCAGCAGCCCUCUGUCUCCGUGUCCCAGUCCACAUCCACCUCUGCACACUACCAGCCCUACUCCCAGGCAUUACACUUCACUCAUGGAGGCAGGGAGAGGACUGGUGGUGCCAGCACUGGCCCCAGUGCUGGAGCGGUGGACCACACAACCCCGUAUGCACACGCAGCUGCCCACACUGCUCAAAGCAGGACUGCUUCGCGGAAGGUUGCCUACACUGGGGAGCCUGUUGGAGCUGGCGUAGGGGCUGGUGCAGGGGCCAAGGCAGCUGGUCUUAGGAGAGGAUACAGCACUGCCAUCCCCCCAUCUAGCAUUGCCACUGUAAUGCCUCAGCAACAACAGACUACCCAGAGUCAACCCCAGCGUGCAGACCGCAGUGCAGCUGGCGCUGGAGCAGGUGGUCCUAAAGGAGGGGCGCGGCGAGGUAAGGGUCCAUUGGUAAAGCAGUCUAAAGUGGAGGACCUGCGUAUGGGCCAGGGCACACUGGGGGGCAAAGGCUCCAUGGAGAAAAGCUCCAUUCCUAUUCCCACCAUCAUCGUUAAGGCCCCCUCAACCAGCAGCAGUGGGCGGAGCAGCCAGGGCAGCAGCGUGGAGGCUGAUGUUCCAGCAGCAGGGGAGGCAGAUGAAUCCAAAACACCGCAUGGUCCUCCACCCUCCACCCCUGCUCCACAGCCCCCUGCUCCACCAUCCAUUCCAGCACCCCCACCUCCAUCCUUGCCUUCUAUUCGAGCCCAGGAUAAUCUGGACUUUACCAGCCAGUUCGGAGCCGCCAUUGUGGGCGCAGCUCGGCGAGACAGGGAGCGGUUUCACGAAGCCCGCAGAAAGAGUGCCUCCUUGUUCAUGUCUGCCGAGGAGGACGUGAGCCUCGGAGGAGUGAGCGAUGGAAUAGGAGGAGUAACACGGACUCAGGUAUCACAGCAACCGCUUAACACACAGGCUGAAAGUUCAUCAACGAGGCUGCGCCCGUCCAAGUCCAUUGAUGAGGGCAUGUUCUCCGGGGAUACUUUCAUCCAUCAUACUCGCAGUAUGCCUCCCGCUUUUGGCUUACCUGAGUACUCUUCAUCUGCUCUGGACUAUCAGCCCAAGUCUGUGCCUACUGAUUUAUACACAGCAGCAGGCAGGCAGCCAGCACCCGCUACUACCACCUUCAUCCACCCUCUAACAGGAAAGGCUCUUGACCCCACAUCGCCACUAGGCCUUGCCCUAGCUGCCAGAGAACGUGCUCUGAGAGAUGACAGCAGGUUAAGGAGGGGAGCGGAGCAUCACUUUACCCGCCAAAUUCCUCCACCACCGCCCCCUCCGCCCCCCCAAAAAGAACAAUUUAUAAGUGGGUUUCCUGCUCAUACACCCCUUCACUCGCCUCAGGCCGGGGACUCCACCGCCUCUAGUCUCACAUCUUAUGACAGUGAGGUGGCAAACCUGACUCAGUCUGCUCCCUCCCCAUCACAAACAUCACCCAACCCACAGCCUCCACCCUCACCCUCUACCCUGCAGCCCACCUCGGGCCCUCCACCUCCACCAUCAGUGUCACCCCCACCUCCUCCUGGCUCUUACCACAGACCCUUUUCUAUGUCCCACCAUCUUUACAACAGCACUCACACUCAUGGGCGCUCUUCACCAACACCUCCCCCUCACACUGUGGCUCCUCCUCCAGCCUACCGCGGUCCCCCAGCGCCCUCGUCCACUGCUGCCACCACUGUCCCACAAAGGGGCACCGCCUCUCAUGCCACGACCGCUAGCUGUGCUGCUACAACCACCACCGCUGCCACCACAACAAGCACCUCCACGCAGCUCUACCAGGAGCGAACACACACCACGCAUUCAACAUCUUCCGCCGCAAUCACAGGAAGCCGAAGGCCAGGAGAGCACCACCGUCUUCCCCCGACCGCCAAGAAAGGAGAGUCCCAGGAGACUGUGGUGGACUCUGGGAUCGAAGAGCUGGACAGUCGCAGCAGCAGUGACCACCACCUGGACAGCAUCCUGGCUCUAAGGGGAGACAGACUAGAUAGAGGGGAGAGAGGAGGACCUGGAGGACGGAUGGGAGGGGAUGCAGAGAGGGGAGGAGAUUUUCUGGAGUCUUACAUGAGCUACCUGGAUGGACAGACUUUUGAGAUGCAGAACGCUACGGCAGCAGCAUCCACCUACCCUAAAACAAACAGGUUCAGAGAGGGAGGUCGUGCCGGGGAGCUACAAAGACAAACCAGCACCGCUCCCGCGUCCUUCCACUCCCACAGGCGGCGAGACGAACAGGAAGAGGAUGAGAUCGAGGAGGGAGUGGCAGAGGACGAAAGCGGCCACGACGGAUAUGGAGUAAGGGACAUGCAGAAUCUGGGACGUCCCACUUCACCAUACUUCGAGCGGCCACGCACUCCUGAGAUGAAGCCUCUUUGGGGAGAGAGUCAGAUGUCUGGCGAUGGGAGCGGCCAGCAUGGGGCGCUUUUAGAGGGGAAGAAAAUUUACCCUCCCGCGUCCAGUAUGAAGCCCAGCAUCAUCAAUGAACUGAGCAGCAAGCUGCAGCAAAGAACCAAGGACAGCUGGAGCAGCCAGACACAGCUGAGCAGACACAGAAGCAGAAACAGAUUUUCAGAAGACUCAGCCUCAGCUCUGAGCCCGCCCUCAGCUCGAUCUCUGUCGCCGUCACCGAUCUCAUUAUCGCAGCCAUCGUUGUCUCUGUCUCCCACCCCCGCCUCCCAGUACCCCAACUGGGGACGAUCGCCAUCUCCGCAGCCUCCAGCAACUUCUCAGCCGCCACGUUCACAUUCCCCACUGUCACCGACAUCUUACUCCCCUUAUCCUACUUCUCCCAAACACAGACCUGUCUACAGGACCAAAGCCUUGGAAUUCCAGUUUAUCCCCAGUCGUGAGUCCCGUAAAGCAGAAUCACACAUUCUCCAGCGAAGGCGAGCACCCAGCCCCCUCAUCUCACCCUCAGAGAGACCCAAUAUGGGCCCACCACGGCCAUCAUCCCUUCCACUUCUCCCUACCUCACCUCUGUACAGUGCCAUGUAUGAUCUCCGCGGUUCGGUCACUCCGCCAUCACCUGGGAACCCUCUCGGAGACCCCUACUUCUCUCCCUCGCCUCCCCUGUUUGCCCCCUCUGGCGCGCCGCCUCCUCCGAACUCAACCUUAGUAGUUUCUCGAUCACUUUCUCCAACUCAUUUCCUGUCUGGGGCCUCUUCUCCGCCUCUACACCCUCUCCCUCCACCUCCCUGCUUGAGUUACCCCCAUCUACCGCCCCCUUCUCCCACAAAGCCCUUCGCCUCCAAGCCGCUGCCCUACUGGACCAAGUAUGACGUGGCAGACUGGCUGGGAUACCUGAACUUGGGGGAGCACAGAGAGCGUUUCCUGGAUAAUGAGAUUGAUGGCACCCACCUGCCCUCCCUGACCAAGGACGACUAUCUGGAUUUGGGUGUGACACGAGUGGGUCACCGCAUGAAUAUAGAACGAGCCCUGAGGAGUGUAAUGGACAGGCUGUCCAGCAGCCCCUUUCCCAUUUCUGUUCUCUCACCUCGGGAUGGACAGACGGACAGGAGGAGGGACGACGGGAGUCGGAGCUGAGGCUGCAAAUACAGAGAUGGAGAGAGAGGCACAGAAGGAGGGGUUGAAGCCAAUGAGGGAGGAAGACACAACUGCUGCUGCUGUCCAUGGUGGAUUCACACAACAAAUGAAGGGGGGCCAGAUUUCACACAGAGAGCAUCAGAAAGAGGGAGUCGAGGCCCAAAGGGAGGUGGAAACACAGGGAUGGAGGAAGGGCUGGCGAUCCAUAAAGACACCGGCUGGCGCUGCUCACAUGUGGCAGGCUGAUUUACACAAAUACACUCCCCACGCGCACGCACGCACGGUCACACCAAUCGACACAAUUAACGCAAACGCCCUCUCAUCCAAAAUGUCUGUGGCUGCAGCAGAGAUUACAAAUACUUGAGAGGAACAAAAUAAGCCAGUUAGACUGGAAAAGAGGCAGGCUGAAGAAAUGAAAAGGUGUCACGUAGUCAUCUCGUCGAGUAGUGCUCUUACCCCCUCAGCUGGCUGGUUUAACGUUUACGAUUAAAGAGCGGAUGCUGACUUCAUAAUAAAUAUCCCAGAGGAGCGAGUACUUGAGGGUGAAUGAGGAUGAAUGUGUGCCAGAGUGAGGCUUUAUCUGUGUGAAUGGUGAACGUAGGGCAGGUUAUCGCGACGGCCUCCGCGUCUCUUUAAAACGAGGCGAGGUCGCCGGUAGAUAAGCUGCGCGUGGAUAAGCCGCGUGUUUGGCUGCGUCUUGUUUUUACCUCGCCGCUGGUAGGGCUCUGUCCUCACUGCAGAUCCCGUGAUCGGGAUCGCGCGUGUAUGUGUGUGUUUCUCUAUAGCUCUUUAUUAUCUUAAGUCUUAUAAUGACGUAUAUACAGACUGGUCACUGUAUCACAAAUUUGUAGCAAAAAUAAGUGCCCAGACCAACAACAUAAAAGUAAACGAACACACAGAUAUGCACACACAGGCACCCGAGUUACUCCAUCCAUGCCUGCAUGCAUACACCACAACAUGUAAACACAAACACAAGCACUUCCCAGUGUUUGUGUUAGAAUUUAUGGGACACCUUAUAUAUAGACACACACGCUACGUUCGGAUCCGAGAUGUACAAAACGGAGACAGACUGUGCUUUCGUUGGGAUUUUGCGACGACGCAAAGAGACUGAUUUUAUUUACGGAGAAAGACUUUCUCAGCAUCAAGGCAAAGUGUUGUACUCUCAUUCAGGCCUUCUGUGCGAGGCAGACUGGAAAGGAGAGGGGAGGGAAGGAGUAAAAACUGCCAUUUUCUUGUUCUUUCCCACUUAAUCCCCCCGGCUCCUUCCAGGAGUGGCCUCUCUCCGUCUGUCGACGAAACCCAGGAGGAAAAACCCGGCCGAGGGGAUCCCAGAGAAAAACGCUUAUAUCGAGUUUUAAUACUAUGAUUGUUCUUACACUUUUUAAACUUUAAAUGGGAAUACUGGAAUACUGAUAUUGAUAUGAAGAGAUUUAUUGUUACUAUCUAUCAUUACUAUCAUCGUCCUUACUGUUAUUGGAUCUUCAGAGAGUCCCGGUUUCUGCCUUCGGUGGCUAAGGUGGCGCUUUCGUGCAGUCAGCUUAUUUCUCUGACUGAAGUGAAGAUAAUUGUCGUGGUUAUAUAGAUACAUAAAUAUAUAUAUGUACAUGUAGGUAUUUUUGAACUGAAAGAUGCAUAAUGUACCCUUAACAUAGCUUCUAUGUGACAAGAAGCACUGCAAUUAAAUGUGAAGCACAUUUAAGAAUAUUAUGUUUCCCCCCCUCGUUCUCCUUAUUGUUUCUCUUGUUGUGAGACUGUGAAGCUUUAAUCAAAAUCACCUUUUAACCUUUAAGGCCUCAAAAUAUAUUUUUCUCACGCUUUUAAAAGUUAUUCACCACUUAAUAUGCUGUAAAAAUGUAGCAGCUGUUGCUCUGAGUGAAAAUGAUUUAGAAUAAUACAAAAUAAUAUUUUUUAAAUUCUCUAUAACAUUCUAAUCUAUAUAUAUAUAUAUAUCUCACUCCCUGGCGAUUGAUUUGAGACCCAAGUUUAACUCUUCUCCUGCGACCCGGUGUGAUCCCCCGACAUGAGCUUUUGUGGCACAUUUACAUCUCAUCCCAUCCCCAAGUCCUGCUUGUCUUACUAUUGCUGAGAUUAAAUAUAAGGGCUCUGUCAUGACCUCUCUACCUUGAACAACGCUUCACCUCUCCUGCUGCUUUUGAGUCCAUGAACACAUAUCAAAUGUGCAUUUCUUCUGCUAUCGUCAGUCUAUUUUUGCCAAAAGAUUUAAGAAUUUUCAUAGUCACCUCGCUUAAAAGCGCACAUGCAUGCAUGCAUCCAUACAGACUAUAUAUGCGAUUUAGCAAAGGUAACUAAGGGGGGACGGUUUUUGUAUUUGCUCUUUGCAGAUGGCUAAGGAAAGACUAUAUUUGAAUUCAAGGGAAAUAGCAAUAAGGACGAUGAAAAUAAUGGUCUAACUAUGGUUUAAGAUGUAAAAAAGAAAAAAAAUAUCUCAAAAGUUCUAAAGAAUCUCUGUCUUCCAAAUAAUGUUUAACAUGAAAAGGUAAAUUGUAUUUAUUUAACUCUUCUGCUUUCUAUACAGUUCGACCUGUUCUCUGCAACAACCCCCCUCCCACUGUUGAUAAUCUGAUGGGAUUAGGAGCUCUGCUCCGUAUUCACCCAUCGUUUGCAUCUUCCCGUAUGUACAGAGCACCCUCUGCAGUCGCUAACAUGUGCUAGUAUGCUCACAGCUCAUUGUUUUAUUACCAGCAUAAUAUGCAACGGCCCCGUUUCCACUAGCGGCUGAGACUUUUUCACAUUUCCCUUUCGGAGGUUUUGAAGGGGUGAACAAGCCGAGUGUGACUCUACAUGUCUCAAAGUCUGCUAGUGUACAUAGGGCCAAUUAAGAACUCUGGAUAAGAUUUAAAAAACAUCUUGCUCAUACAACGAUCUUGUUAAGUGACUGGUGAGAUGCUGUUUUUUGUUUUUUAAGCCUUUCUUUGCGUUUCGUAGUCGCGUUGGAGAAGUGAAUAUCAGAGGGAAUCGGUCUGACUCUAUAGAAAGCACUUCUUUUCCUUUAAGAGAUCUUUUAAAAAAAAUGAGAAUAUGAACUGCUGAAAAGUAACUUACAGAAUAUAUAUGUAUAUGUGAUAUGCAUAUACACACAUUCAUAUAAAACAUAUAUGAAUUUCAAAUGUUUUAAGAGAUAAAUUGUUAGAAUUAUAAUAAAGAUACAGAAACAAA